AUGGCUGAAGGAGAGAAUGAAGUGAGGUGGGAUGGACUGUGCAGUAGAGAUUCAACUACUAGAGAGACAGCACUGGAAAACAUUAGGCAAACCAUUUUAAGAAGAACCGAGUAUCUUCGUUCGGUGAAAGAGACACCUUUUCGUCCAUCAGACGGGCUUUCAAAUGCUGUUGCUUUGGAUGGGUUGAAUAAGCUUCUUGCUCAUCUGCUUAUGCUUUCUAAGAGAUGUCCCUUUAAAGAUGUAAGAGAGAAAAGUGAGUUUAUUUUGAAGAGCGUCCAGGAACUUGGAAUUAGAAUUCCUCGACCACUAGGACACGGACCAAGCAGAUUCAUCCCAGAAAAGGAGAUUCUCCAAGUGGGAAGUGAAGACGCACAGAUGCAUGCUUUAUUUGCAGAUUCUUUUGCUGCUUUGGGUCGUUUGGAUAACAUUACAUUAGUGAUGGUUUUUCACCCACAGUAUCUAGAAAGUUUCCUAAAGACUCAACACUAUCUACUGCAAAUGGAUGGGCCAUUGCCCCUACAUUAUCGGCACUACAUUGGAAUAAUGGCUGCAGCAAGACAUCAGUGUUCCUACUUAGUGAACCUCCAUGUAAAUGAUUUCCUUCAUGUUGGUGGAGACCCCAAAUGGCUUAAUGGUUUAGAGAAUGCUCCUCAAAAACUACAAAAUUUAGGAGAACUUAAUAAAGUGUUAGCCCAUAGACCUUGGCUUAUUACCAAAGAACAUAUUGAGGGACUUUUAAAAGCUGAAGAGCACAGCUGGUCCCUUGCAGAACUGGUACAUGCAGUGGUUCUCCUCACACACUAUCAUUCUCUUGCCUCAUUCACAUUUGGCUGUGGAAUCAGUCCAGAAAUUCAUUGUGAUGGUGGCCACACAUUCAGACCUCCUUCUGUUAGUAACUACUGCAUCUGUGACAUUACAAAUGGCAAUCACAGUGUGGAUGAGAUGCAGGUCAACUCAGCAGGAAAUGUUUCAGUAAGUGAUUCGUUCUUUGAGGUCGAAGCCCUCAUGGAAAAGAUGAGGCAGUUACAGGAGUGUCGAGAUGAAGAAGAGGCAAGUCAGGAAGAGAUGGCUUCACGUUUUGAAAUAGAAAAAAGAGAGAGCAUGUUUGUCUUCUCUUCAGAUGAUGAAGAAGUUACACCAGCAAGAGAUGUAUCUCGUCACUUUGAGGAUACUAGUUACGGCUAUAAGGAUUUCUCUAGACACGGGAUGCAUGUUCCAACAUUUCGAGUACAGGACUAUUGCUGGGAAGACCAUGGUUAUUCUUUGGUAAAUCGCCUUUAUCCAGAUGUGGGACAGUUGAUUGAUGAAAAAUUUCACAUUGCUUACAAUCUUACUUAUAAUACAAUGGCAAUGCACAAAGAUGUUGAUACCUCAAUGCUUAGACGGGCUAUUUGGAACUAUAUUCACUGCAUGUUUGGAAUAAGAUAUGACGACUAUGACUAUGGUGAAAUUAACCAGUUAUUGGAUCGUAGCUUUAAAGUUUAUAUCAAGACUGUUGUUUGCACUCCCGAAAAGGUUACCAAAAGAAUGUAUGAUAGCUUCUGGAGGCAGUUUAAGCACUCUGAGAAGGUUCAUGUUAAUCUGCUUCUUAUAGAAGCUAGGAUGCAAGCAGAACUCCUCUACGCUCUGAGAGCCAUUACCCGCUAUAUGACCUGAUGCCUUUCCUCCGUUAAAGAUAAUGGAAUGAUCAGCAGAUAUAGUCUACAAGGGGAAGGUACUAAGCCCCAGGACCAAUGGUAGAUAAAAGAAUUCAGAAAUCCAUUGUGCCAUGAUUCCUUUAGUUUCUGCUAUGUUACUGUGGAAAUACCACUGCUGGCACGAGCAGUGAAUGCUUGGCAGCUUCAAGUGUAGAGCUGUGAAGAAGGGCUGCCAUUCACAGUAUUCACAGUAUUUUGCUUUUUGACAGUACAAGAUGCUGUAUAACUGUUUUAAUACAGCAAAUAGUAACUCUCCAAAUCCUGUUGCUUUUAUGUUAAAUAAGAUAACAAGAAUUGGAGCAUGCAAAGAAUGGGAGUUGGAUAAUGACAUAAGCUUUUUAUACGUAAAGAAUUUUAUUUAGAUCCUGGUGCUGCUAUUUCUGCUGGUGGAAUGAAUAGAGUGGCUGUUCCAGUUAAGCUAUUAGUAAUAAAAGUGAACACUGCUACUAUCUGAGCCUACAUACAUAAUUUGCGUGGUUUCAAAUUAAACUUGCAUAUGUGUUAAUUUUUUUGCAUCUAAAAAAGCCUAGAAUUACUACAGCUCGGCAAAGACCAUUUCGAUGGUAACAGUUCAUUUCUUUCAUUAUAGUUUUUUUUUUUAAUUCAGCUAUUGGAUGACAUUAAAUUACAGUGGCAUUCUUAAAGAUUUUCUUCAAAAAGCAAUCUUAAAUGAAAGUGUAUAAAUUAUAAGAAAGCUAGCUAUCUUUUGAUAUGCUGUUUCCCAAGAUUCUCUGACACUGGAGGGCAGCUGUCUUGUGCAGUAUUUUGUUUCCAGCACUGAAGUUGUGGGAAAUGUUGCUGUAGACUGCUGCGCAGUCCCAGGUGCAUUCUGCCCCUCUGCUCCUGCCCACCUCGUGGUCCCCACUUUAAAGAUUGUGCAGCUCUUUAAAAAUAAAGCUGGAAAAUAUUUUUAGUCAGGUUAUCAAAUUUGAUUUACAAAAAUGCUAACUUUGGGAAAAAAUGUA